AUGGCUCUGUGGCGCCUUGCUCACAUUCUCAGAACCCCAAUUUCAUCAUCAUCCAAAACCCAAAACCCUAACCCUAAUCACACUCUUCUCUUCACCUCCCCGUUCUCCACCUCCUUCCUCAUCACCAAAACGCCUCACAAGUUCAAGAAGCGCCGCAAGAAGCAAGACAGCCCGAGGACCAAGCCGGUGCAGACCCAACCCAACCUCCUCCCCCACCUCGAACGCAUCGUCACUCGCGACGCCCAUUUCCGGUUCCUCACCAAGACCAAGGACUACCUCUCCAAGCAGCCCCACCGCGUCCUCCGCCUCGACGACGCCGGCAAGCUCCACCGCGAGCUCGGCUUCCCCCGCGGCCGCAAAGUCUCCAAGUCCCUCCAGCGCCACCCCUUUAUCUUCGAAACGUACCGCCACGACGACAAUCGGCUGUGGAUCGGGUUCACUGAGCUUAUGGAAGAGUUGAUGGAGGAGGAGAAGGCGGUGAUGGAAGCAAUGGAGGCUGACAGGGUCAACAAGGUGAGGAAGCUGCUGAUGAUGUCAGCGAAUAAGCGGAUUCCGCUGAGCAAGAUUUAUCAUUGCAGGUUGCUGUUUGGGAUUUCGGAAGAUUUUCGUGACCGGGUGGCCAAGUAUCCUGAUUAUUUUAGGGUUGUGGUUGAGGAGGAUGGGAAGAGAGUGCUGGAAUUGGUGAAAUGGGAUCCUUUGUUAGCGGUUAGUAGUUUAGAGAGGGAGUUUGUUGUGGAUGAGGAUAAGGUUAAGAAGGCUUUUAGGUUUCCUGUGAAGCAUGGGAAAGAAUUGGGUUUGGAUGAGGAGGAUUCGAGGAAGUUGAACCUGUUGAAUUCGCUUCCGUUGGUUUCGCCUUAUUCAGAUGGGUCGAGAUUGGACCUUUGGACAUUGGAAGCUGAGAAGUAUAGGGUGGGAGUGUUGCAUGAGUUUUUGAGCUUGACAUUGGAGAAGAGGGCUUCUAUACACCACAUUGUGGAGUUCAAGGAGGAGUUUAGUUUGACUAAGCACACUUACCAGAUGCUGUUUAAGCAGCCCAGGACGUUUUAUCUUGCUGGGACCGAGAUGAACUGGGUUGUAUUCUUGAAAGAUGCGUAUGACCAAAAUGGGGUUUUGAUUGACAAGGAUCCCCAAGUGGAGUUCAAUGAGAAGCUGUAUAAGUAUGCUGAAAUGCAGGAAAUGGAACCGGGUUAUGCUUCGUCACAGGAACUGAUUAGAGGGAAUACACCAUGCCAGUGAUUGUAUUGCAUUUCAGGAACCUUGUUGGAGCUCUCAUAUUCAUGGUUUAGUAAAUUAGUACUAAAGGUGUGGCACUCGUGAGUAACCUUGGAGCUACAAUUGGUGGAUCAGAGGUGAGAACCAUCUUAGAUAGAGGAUGUAGCAAUGGUAGUUUUGGAGCACAUCUCUUUUUACAAGAAGCUCCUAACUAUGUGCAUCGCAAACUAUGAGGCCAUUGGAAGCCAAGUUCAGCUAAUCGUAGAAGGGAUCUUCCUGGAAUAUUUGGUUCUUUCACUUCAAAACAGUUGCCAUAUCUAUCCGUCUUUGUUUAUAUGUUGCAUUCUACAAGAUGUGGCCUUGAUUGGGAAGUGAGGUGUGAGCCCUUUCCAACAUAUCCAAGAACCUAUUAUAUGGUGCAUGCACAAGGACUUCUUUCUGUUGAAACUGAUAAACAGCACAGGUGUACCAUUCAUGAUUUAUUCACCGAGAUUAUCAACAGCGCAGGUGUACCAUUUUGGUUUAUUCACUGAGAUUGUACGAUUGCUUCAUCCAGAGGGUUGUGUGAUCAUCAAUGACAAAGCUUCUCUCAUUGAAUAAGCAAGAGCUUUGACAACAGGGCUGAAUGUGGUAGUGAUUGAAUGUAACAGUGAUUAGAAA